AUGAGUGAGAAUAAAGAGACAAGAGGAAGACCAACAAACGCAGAAAGAUUGGGAAAAUAUAGAUCUAAUAGCGUAAGCACUCUAGACGAACUCCUGAAAAGAAAAAGAGAGCGAGAGGUACCUGGUGAAACAGGGGAAAAGGACAAGGAAGAAGAAAUGGAAGCCAUCAGAAAGAGCAGGAUCAUAGAGAGAUCACCGAAGAAGGAGGAAAAUAUGAUGGAGGAAUUUAUGAAAAGGAUGGAAGAGCGGUUGGAGAAAAUGAUAGAAGAAAGUACGAAGCAAAUAAUAGAAAGGAUGAGAGAAGAAUACAAAGAAGAAAUGAUAAAGUGGGGGGAAGAAAUGCGAAAGGAGAGAGAGGAAUGGAGAGCCGAAAAGAAAGAACUGGAGGGUAAAAUAAGAGAACAGGAAGAAAGAAUCACAAAGCUGGAAAGGGUGGAAGAAAAGAUGGAGAGAGAGAAGAGAAAACUCAACGUUAUCAUAAAAGGAACAGAAUGGAAGGAAAGAGUAGGAGAAAAAGAAGUAGAAAACUUCUUAGCCAAAGAACUGAAGGUUGAUGUGAAAGUCAAUAAGGCUAUCAGGAUAGGUAGAGGGAAAGAAAAAGAAAUGAUACUGGCAGAACUGAGGAGCUGGGAAGAAAAAAGGGAGGUGAUGCAAAGAAAGAAAACACUAAAAACAGGAAUAUAUAUAGAUGACGACCUGACAAAAGAGGAGAGAUUGGUACAAGAGAAGCUCAGAGAGAGGGCGAGAGAUGAGAGAAUAAAGGGAAGAACAGCGAAAGUAGGAUACAGAAGAAUGAUAAUAGGGGAAAAAAAGUUUGUGUGGGACGACAAAAGACAGGACAUAAUAGAGAAAAGAGGAGGGAGGAGAUGA